AGUACGAAAUGCAACCAAUGGCACACGCACCCUCUUCGUGAAAGAGAUUCCCGUUAGCUUUGCUCUGUUGUCACAUACCUGCGUGUUUACCUGUUAGUGAAUUCUUCAUUUUUAAAUGGUCUACGGUUACGAAUCCGAUUUCAUGUGAUGGAAAAGAAAAUUUUACCCUAUAAUAACCAUCAUGUCUGGUGGAUAACAUUUGGGACAAUAUGCAUUCUAACUUUGUUCACAAGGUUCUACAAAGUAUCUGAGCCUGAUCACAUUUGUUGGGAUGAAACUCAUUUUGGUAAAAUGGGCAGUUGGUAUAUUAACCGAACAUUCUUCUUUGAUGUCCAUCCACCUCUUGGUAAAAUGUUAAUAGGAUUGUCUGGUUAUUUGACUGGAUAUGAUGGUACUUUUGCUUUUGAUAAACCUGGUGAUAAAUAUGGAAAUGUCAGCUAUGUGGGAAUGAGAAUGUUCUGUACAGCCCUAGGAGCCAGCAUUGUACCUAUGACUUAUAUAACUGUUCAUGAAAUGACUCAAUCAAUUGUUUCAUCAGCAUUUGCAUCAUUAUUAAUACUUUUUGAUGUUGGAAUAUUAACUUUGACACAAUACAUAUUAUUGGAUCCCAUUCUCCUGUGCUUCAUGAUGGGUGCUAUAAUGGGAUCAGUCAAAAUCUCUUUUGGUGAAAUACCAGAGUUUACUUUUAAAUGGUGGACUUGGCUACUAUUUACCGGAACAAUGUUGGCUUGCUGCAUUUCAGUGAAGUUUGUUGGAUUGUUUGUUGUGCUCCUGGUUGGAUUCAUGACCAUUGCAGAUCUGUGGACUGUUCUUGGAGAUCUUGCUAAACCUGUGAUGAUAACCAUGAAACAUUUAAUUGCACGGGGAUUAUGCCUUAUCGUGUGGCCUAUAUUUCUAUAUAUUUUAUUCUUUUACAUACAUUUGAAGGUCCUUAAUCACAGCGGAAACGGAGAUGGAUUCUAUAGUUCAGCAUUUCAAUCGCAACUAAUUGGAAACAGUUUGCAUAAUGCAAGUAUGCCUAGGCAGGUAGCGUACGGAGCUAUAGUAACAUUGAAGAAUCAUCGCACUGGUGGAGGAUAUCUUCAUUCCCAUUAUCAUCUCUAUCCAGAUGGUGUCGGCGCUAGGCAACAGCAGGUUACAACUUACACCCACAAAGACGAUAACAAUAAAUGGUUGAUAAAGAAGUUCAAUACUGAAGAGUUUAACGGCGUGGAGCUAGUGAAGAGCGGAGAUCUGGUGCGAUUUGAACAUAUGCAAACUAAAAGAAAUCUACACGCUCACAAGGAGCAUGCUCCCAUCACCAAAAAACAUUAUCAAGUCACUGGAUAUGGCGAAAAUGGAACGGGAGAUGCAAACGAUGUUUGGAGAUUGACUUUGAUUGGCGCUAAAGAUGGAACAGAGUUGACAGCGGUCAGCGGGAAACUGCGCAUCGUGCACUACCUUCAAUCAUGCAUUUUGACUACCAGUGGAAAGCAGCUACCUAAAUGGGGAUACGAACAGCAGGAAGUCUCAUGCAAUCCUAAUUUGAGAGAUGUUAAUGCGGUUUGGAACGUGGAAGAAAACGUCUUCGAUGAAUUGCCAAGCGUCAGCUUCGAUGUUUACGCACCUAGUUUCAUGGAGCGGUUUCUUGAGUCGCACGCCGUGAUGUUGCAGGGAAACGCAGGUUUGAAGCCGAAGGAGGGAGAGAUCACCUCGAGGCCGUGGCAAUGGCCUAUCAACUAUCGAGGCCAGUUCUUUUCCGGUUCAGGUUACAGGAUUUAUCUACUGGGAAAUCCGGUGAUUUGGUGGAGCAACUUGGCAUUUUUGGCUUUGUUCUUGAUCAUAUUCACUUUCAACGCAAUCAAAGAACAACGUGGUUACCUGAAAUCACUAGCAGAAUUCCAUCAAGGAAAAUUGGUCGCUUGUGGUUGGCUGUUCGUAGGAUGGCUGCUUCACUACGUUCCAUUUUGGGCGAUGGGAAGGAUUUUGUAUUUUCACCAUUAUUUCCCGGCCCUCCUUUUCAGUUCCAUGAUUACCGGAAUCGUACUGGAUUAUCUUUUAGUGGAAAUACCAACGUUAUUUCCAAAGAAUUACAGCAAUACUGUUCACCAUAUUCUUCUAGCCUUAAUCUUGUCUACGAUUAGCUACAGUUUUGUAGUAUUUUCGCCUCUUGCCUAUGGUAUGUCCGGGCCGAAUGCCAAUGAACCGAAUUCAACAAUGUUUGGAUUGAAAUGGCUCGACAGUUGGGAGUUUUAGAUAGUAAAAUUUAGACCAUACUAAUUUGCUAUACUUUUACAGAACUGAAUUAACAUUAAUCUAAAUGUUUAAAAAUUGUUAUAAUAUUUAUAUAUUUUAAUUAAAAGAAUUUAA